AUGCGGCGGGGCGGUAGCGCGGCGUCACGGGUGUGUGCGACGACGCUGCUCCGAGUUCCACUGGCGCAGCCGCGCCACGCCGUGCCGCUCUUCGCCCCCCCAGGCGAGAGGCUUCACAUGUGGCGUUCCUCCGCACUGGCGGUGCACCAUCAGCAUCAAUUGCGGCGGCUUGCGUCGUUGGUGGCUGAAGGAGCGGAGGACGACGCGAAAACGCUCGUUGCCUGCUCCGUGGUUGCCCACCGACGUUCCGCUUUGGCUGCUCCCACACACGUCAUGGAUGCGGCGUUCUGCGCGACGGGGGUGAACCACGCCCUUCAUCGCCAAUUCAAUGCCGGCAGAACGCUGAAAGGAAUUCUUAGGGGGUGUGCAGAGCAGAACGCGCUUGGCGUGGCGGCCGCAAGUGGUCAUCGCUACGCGUCCAUCACAGACGUGUAUUUAUACGCAUCGCCUUCGCCGGCGCCGUGUCCGCAGCACGGCAACAAGGACUUAUUCAGUCGCCUUGGGCAUGGAAUAGGAUCUCCGGGCGAUGCUAAGGUCCUUCCUCGACCACCGUUUGUGAAAGGGGCCGUCUUCCCCUGCCCGGAGUGCUGGCGAAAUCUAUCCACUGUAGCGGAAAUGCGACAAGACGACGGAGAGGCGGGGGCGUUAAAUUUGUUUGUUCACGCACAAAAUGAAGCGCUGGCUGUGCGCAGCGUGUCUGUCGCCAGAGAGUGUCUGAGGAUGUCCCCAGCGCUUGCGAUAGACGUCACAAUAGUGCUCCCCGGAUAG